AAUUGGAAUGGGGCAAGGGCUUAGCUCAAAAACGAGAAGCUGAAGCUGAACGUGUGGAAUUAGAACUCGAGAAGGAUAGACCAUUUGCACGGUCAAGUAAUGAUGCCGAGCUUGACUCAAUGUUGAGGGAGAGACUGAGAUGGGGCGAUCCCAUGGCACAUUUGGUGAAGAAAAAGCAAUCUGAGAUGGCUCUUCCUGAUCUAGGAGACAGUGAGAAGAUGAAGGAAUCAGGGUUCAUUAUUCCGCAGGAUAUUCCACCUCACAGCUGGCUAAAGAGGGGAUUGGAUGCUGCACCUAAUCGAUAUGGUAUAAGACCAGGAAGACAUUGGGAUGGAGUCGAUCGUAGCAACGGAUUCGAGAAGCAAAUGUUCAAGAGGAUGAACAAGAAACGAGCUACUGAAAGGGAAGCAUAUCUUUGGUCUGUGUCUGAUAUGUAACAUGAAAGGAUGGUGUGCUUAGAUGGAAGAUAUCACAUCUUUUCAAGAGGUUAAGAUUUUGUUUACACGACACGUCUUUGGACGUGGGAGGGAAGCGAUCCAAACUGUUUGUGUCAUGAUCAGAUGUUAAGAUUUUGUUUACACGACACGUCUUUGGACGUGGGAGGGA